AAGCUCGGCCGACUGCAGUAGCCCGGCAUCCGUCGGCGCCGCGGCCAGGACGAAAAUUUCCCGCGGUAUUCCACCGUCGUUGUCGUGUGAACCUCGCCGAUGGGAGCUCGACACUGAUCGAGGAGAAGACCGACUUGACAAUCGAUCAUCGUCGUCGGGGAUCGUCCCGCGAGGGGAGAGGAAUCGUCAAGGGAAAAUAUUGGGGGAGUGGAGAGGAGAGAUACAUCGAAGGGAACGACGACCAUGAGGCGGCAGCCACGACCAGUGGACUGAAAGUUGUGCUGGCCCGUUAUUCCUCCCUCUUCUUCCUUCCGAUUAUUCUUAUCCUGGCCAGAGCUGUGCGGUUCGGAGAAAGAGCGGGUUCGAUCGAGGCGCGGUGAUUCGCGAGAUCGCGCGACAAAUGUGCACGGGGGUGGACAGUGUGACAUAGUGCGGCGACGAAGAGCGACGGGGAGGGAGGGAAAGGCCCUGUGUGAGCGAGAAGAACGCGGGAAGAGGAGGAGGUGGGACAGGAUGCGGGGGCACAGGAAGAGGGCGCAGAGCCCCGACGAUUUCUCUUCUUCUUCAUAGGGGAUCGUUUCGCCUCAUCGACGUCCAACGUGACGACGGUCAGCGAGCACGCCGAGGACGACGACGACGUCAACUAGGUGCAUCCCUGAAACGAGCACUGCCGUUUGUUCUCCGAGAUGGCGGAGGAAAAGGAGAAGCAGACGUUCCUGCAGAAGCUGCUGUUCUACACGACCGCGUUCUUCAUCCUCCUCAGCACCUUCAGCCUCUUUGCCUUCCUCUUCUUGGUCCCCUUCGUCAUCGACCCCGCCUUCACCACCAUCUUCAUGCAGUUCGACACUCGGCCAGCCGAGUGUAUCACUGUCAACGUUGAGUCAAGGAGAGGUACGAGCAACUGCUCAUGGACGUCCUGUAGAGAGGGUUGCACCAAGGAGCUGUACGAUUGCACGCAAAUACGCGUCAACUACAAGCUACCGACUAAUACGUCCGAGGAUAGCGAUGGACAGGGUGAGGGAGGCGGAGCGGUAGGAGGUGUCGAGGAUGACGAAGACAGCACGACGAUGGAAAAACCGCGUUACGACCGCUCCCUAAGGGAGUACGAUUACGUCGAGGACCUUGACGAGGAUUUCGCCGAGGACGACGAAGCAGGACUGCCGAAACCCUUUCCUACAGGGCUCAUGGGCAACGACUCCGAGUGGUACUUCACCGGGGCCAAGCUGUUCCCCAACGUAAAAGGCUGUGGAUACCCUCCAAUGCUGAAUUGCAGUAUUUUCUACCGGCAGUACGCCAUCAUAGGGCAGAACUUUAGCUGUUACUACUCGAAAGUGGACCCCGGGAUAGUCAUCAGCGACCUCGACAUGUGGCAGGUGUACAUGAAUCUGGUGUACGCGAUGGCGAUUCCGAUACCGUCUUUCAUAAUCUCGGUGAUAUAUCUCACCAUCGCCUACUUCAAGAUCUACAACGAAGACGAGGUGGUCCUCGUGGGCGGGGAGGAGGGCGAGGAGGGCGGGGAGGGCGAAGGGAGUAACGCGACACCCCUGCCACUGACGAGCGGCGCCCUUACGCCCGGCAGCGAGGCUUUCAGGGAAGACCUAGCGAGCUUUGGGCAUCAGCUGAAGGUCGCCAUGGCCGACGACAUCAGCAGGGAAAGCCUGGAUGGGAUACCAAACUCGUACUCCAUUCAGGGGUAA